GGAGCGGAGCGCCCUCCUCACCAGAGCGCAGCGCGCACGCCCAGCGAGCUCCGGCGACGGCAGCGGUAGCAGCAGCCGCGGCGCUCCCUUGGCGGAUCUCUCUGCUCCGGCCGGGUCCCGGCUCCGGCCCUCUCCGCCCCGACACCCCCUUCCGCUCCGGCCCCGGCUUCGGCCCGGGACCUACUGCUCCGGCCGGCCCGGCCCCCGCCCCAGCCCUGCCGCCCGGCCCCAGGCCCGGCCGCGGCCGCUCCCGCCUGGAGCCGCCGCGCGCCCCCAGUCCCCCGGCGCCCCCUCGGCCCCUCGCCUUCCUCUUCCCGGCGCGGCCCCCGGGCUUUCGCGCCCCGCCCGCCACCAACCCGCUCGCCACCAUGUCUGUGGAGCUGGAGGAGGCCCUGCCGCUGACGACCGCCGAGGGGGCGGCCAAGAAGGCGGCCAAGGCUGGCGGCUCGGCGGCGCUGUCCCCUUCGAAGAAGAAAAAGAACAACAAGAAGAAGAACCAGCCGGGCAAGUACAGCCAGCUGGUGGUGGAGACCAUCCGCAGGCUGGGCGAGCGCAACGGCUCGUCGCUGGCCAAGAUCUACACGGAGGCCAAGAAGGUGGCGUGGUUCGAUCAGCAGAACGGGCGCACCUACCUCAAGUACUCCAUCAAGGCGCUGGUGCAGAACGACACGCUCCUGCAGGUGAAGGGCACCGGCGCCAACGGCUCGUUCAAGCUCAACCGUAAGAAGCUGGAGGGCGGCGGCGAGCGGCGCGGAGCCACGGCGGCCGCCACCGCCCCGGCGCCCGCCGCGCACAAGGCCAAGAAAGCGGCCCCGGGCGCGGCCGGCCCCCGGCGCGCGGACAAGAAACCGGCCAAGGGCCAGAAGCCCGAGAAGCGCUCGCACAAGAAGGGCGCCGCCUCCAAGAAGGACAAAGGCAGCAAGGCUAAGAAGGCGGCGGCCGCCGGGGGCAAGAAGGUGAAGAAGGCGGCCAAGCCCAGCGUCCCCAAGGUGCCCAAGGGCCGCAAGUGAGCGCGCCGGCCUGCCGGGUCUUCCCGGCGUUCGGUUUUUCUACCCCGAGUGUAUGUAGGUUUUGUACGGUUGUCCGGCCCGGCCGCCGCCGCCCCUGCUCUGAGCCGCACGGAGGGCCCCGGGCUCGCUCCAUCCCCUCCUAGGCCCCCCCUCCCCCGCCGCCGUAGAGUGUAUUUUUUUGUUGUUGUUGCUUUUGCUUUAGAUUUUUGAAACGGCCUGGCGACGCCCCUAUUGGCUCUCGCCCUUGGCAACGGCCGUCGCCAUGGCUACCGGCCCCUAGGCGCCAAUGGCCGCGGCCGCGCCUGCCUGCCUGGGCGGGGGCCGCGGGGUGGCCAGGCCCUAGUGUGCAGGGACCCGGCCGCCGCGCCGCCUUUCCCCACUCCCCACCCUCCGGCUUUGGGUGUGCGACAAACAAUCGCUCGGGGCGCGGGCCGCGCGGCCUUCCUUCAUCCCGUCGGCCUUUUUGGGGCACAAUAAAUUGUUUAAACCUUUGAA